AUGCCUGAAGUUUUCGAAGAGAUUAAUAUCCCCCAAAUUGGGCGCAGUUACAAACAACCUAUUGGUAUAUUUAUUGACAAUGAGUUUGUGCCAUCUUCUAAUGGUGAAAAGAUUGAAACAAUAAAUCCAGCUACUGAAGAAGUGAUUACUUCUUUCUAUGCUGCUACUGAGGAUGAUGUUGACAAGGCAGUCAAGUCUGCAAGAGAAUCAUAUGAGAAUGUUUGGUUUAAGAUAUCACCUGCGGAGAAGAGGGAUAUGCUAUUAAAAUUGGCGGACUUAAUAGAGGAGGAGAAACCUUUAUUAGCUGCUUUGGAGACAUUGGAUGCUGGUAAACCUUAUCAUACCAACGCUAUGGAUGAUAUUGACCAAAUCAUCCAUUUAACAAAAUAUUUUGCAGGUGCUACUGAUAAAUUUACUCAAGGAAAGACAAUUCCCAUCGAUCAUGAGAAAUUGGUGUACACCCUUAAAUCGCCUUAUGGUGUGUGCGGUAUGAUUAUCCCAUGGAACUAUCCUUUGGCAAUGGCUAGCUGGAAAAUGCAAGGCUGUUUAGCUGCUGGUAACACGCUAGUUAUCAAGCCUGCUGAGAAUACAUCACUCUCUUUGCUAUACUUGGCGCAAUUGUUCAAGAAAGCAGGUUUUCCAAAAGGUGUUGUGAAUGUUGUUCCUGGUAAGGGAUCUGUAGUUGGCAAUUCUUUAGGUUUACAUAUGGAUGUUGACAAAAUAUCUUUUACAGGCAGUACCAAGGUGGGAAGCUCUAUUCUUGAACUUGCAGGCAAGUCAAACAUGAAAGAUGUUACCUUGGAAUGUGGUGGUAAGAGCCCCGCUGUAGUUUUUCAGGAUGCUGACAUUGAUAAUGCAAUUGAAUAUAUUGCUAACGGUAUCUUCUAUAACUCGGGCCAAAACUGCACUGCUAAUUCAAGAGUUUAUGUUCAGGAAGAUAUUUAUGAUGACUUUAUAAAGAGAUUCACAGAACAUACCAAAGAAAACUGGAAGUUUGGUUCGAAAUGUGAUCCAUUUGAUAAAGAUUGCACAGUGGGUCCUGUUGUGUCAGAGAAGCAAUUUGAGACGGUGAAUGAUUAUAUUAGGCAUGGAAAGGAGGAAGAAAACCUACAGAUUCACCAAACUGUUGAGAAAUGUGAUUGCAAGGGUUAUUUUAUUUCUCCAACAAUUUUUACUGAUGUCCCUCAGGGAUCUAAAUUGAUGAAAGAAGAAAUCUUCGGUCCAGUUGUUGUAGUCGCCAAAUUCAAAGAUUACAAAGAAGCAAUAAAAUUGGCCAAUGAUACAAAUUAUGGUUUAGCCUCUAUGGUCUUCACUAAGAACAUUUCUGUUGCUAAUUGGUUUGCUAGGGACAUUAAAUCAGGUACUGUGUGGAUCAACUCGUCCAAUGAAGAAGAUCCUACGGUGCCAUUUGGUGGUUUCAAGCAAAGCGGUAUAGGUCGUGAACUGGGUGAAACUGGUGUGGAAUCAUACAUGCAAAUAAAGACGGUGCAUUUAAACAUGUCAGAGAAGAUUUGA